GGGAAAUCAGGAAAGGGGUAACAUCAAAUAAUGAAUUUGAUGCUGGCGUUCUGAUGAGCGCCGAGCCAUGCCUUCACACAAUCAGGGACUGGGGAGGAUCGCAGAGCAAGGAGCUGCGAUAUUCCCAUUAUCCUCCCAUCCAAUUUAAUUCCUGGCUGCACAAGCAACACACAAACCUCACCACUUAUUCUGCUUUCAGGCCUUUCUUCUUGGACAAAUUGGACACUGGCAAUCAGGCCAUUGGCGACAUUGCAAAACCUCAAAAGACAUCAUCCUCCAGCGCAGCGGCGACGCCUCCUCCUCAAUUCUUCUCUCAGAGCCUUCCCUCAACUUCAGCCCACCACGUCAACAGCAAGUACGAAUCCAAAUUCGACAUCUUCAAUAGUGGUUCCUUGGACAUCCUCCAGUCUCACUAUCCUGCUGGCCAUUGCGAGUUGGCAGACUAUCGCCGGCUCUGGUCUUGACGCUCCGAAUCAUCUCUGCGCGUAAUUCAGGAGUCAACGCGAAUUGAGGGACAGCCUCAAAACCUCUGGACGACUCUCCUCACGACAAGAUUGUGCAGAAAACAACUGAAGACCUAGUCUCUAGAAUCAGAGAUUGGUCUUGACCUGCUGGCGCUUCAAACACUCGGCUUCCAAAAUUUCGUUGACCAACAUCGCUCUUCAAUCUCAAAAUAUUACAACACUGAUUGGAGAAUCAUCUGCGCUAUCGCGGUGGUCCGAAGCAACGUGCCUCAAAUUACACUCCAGAACCUAGUCUCGUCUUCCAAACCCAUUGCGUCAACGACUUCCCAAUUUUACGAUGGGGAAGGAAAAGGAAAAAGCCAAAGGAGAAGACCUGGUGGAAGACAUUCCCGACCACUGUAAUACCAUUCCAAAUAGUGACAACAGCCUUGCUGUAACUACUGGAGGUGUAUUAGACUGCAGGAUAUCAACGAAACCUUCGGGCGGCUCUACCAAUGUCAGAUCUCGCAGAAGGCCCCAGCUUCGGCCUCGCCCUGUACGUCGCCCUCAAGAGAUACGCGACUCGGUUUUCACGAAAGCCAACGUUGCCGUAAAUGUUGUACCUUUGCCGCAAGCUUCUGAGUUGUUUCUGGCAUUGGCCUCGCUCAGUGGUAACCAGGACAAUUUUCAAGAGCUCAGUGCUGCCCUUGGAGCAGGAUUUGACCCUCAAAAGAUCCAAAAGUCGACUUACAAGGAACCUGUCAAGAAUAAAUCGGCCAGGGCUCGCCAAUAUUUUCGAGGAUACACCCCUUCGUACAAUGGGCUAGACCAUACCAAACCUCCGCUCCACGAUAUCUAUGAUAUGUUCCUCGACAUGGCAGAAAAAGCGCUUACGCGCGAUUUCGAGGAAGCCUGCAGUAUUUUCGAAGGGAACGAGUUGUCGGUGUUCACCUUGUGCUCUGGCACAGAUUCUCCUGUUGUUGCGACAUCUCUCAUUAGCCGAGCUUUGAAGCAAUUGGGCAUGAACAAUUUCAAUGUCAAUCAUGUGGGAAGCUGCGAGAUCGAGCCUAGCAAACAGGCCUUUUUGGAAAGAAACUUCCAUCCCAACGUUUUGUUCCGAGAUGUUACCGACUUCAUCAAGCAUGCCGAAAACCCCAAGGAUGACAGAUACCUGCCGCGGACAGCAUACGGAGCACCAGCUCAUCCACCGAAUAAUGUGAACAUUCUCGUGGCAGGGGCAUCCUGUGUAGACUUCUCAAGUCUUCGAAAUAACGAGACUCGACCAGAGUUUGAUCCUACAGGUCAGCAAGGCGGUGAAUCUUCAUCGACCUUUGCAGGGGUCUUUGCUUAUGUUGAAGUUUACCGGCCUAACUUGGUCAUCUUGGAGAACGUUGAAGCAACAGAGUGGCAAACCAUUUUGGAGCGAUUUCAAGAGAUACGGUAUCAAUGCCAGGUCGUCAAACUGGACAGCAUCAAUUUCUACGUCCCACAAACACGUAACCGAUCCUACUGCAUCGUCGUCGAUAUGGAUCAAGCUGCGCGGGUCGAUCUCAAGCUCGGACAAGCAAUCGCGAACUGGGUCCAACUAUUUGCCUAUUUCCAGAAACGCGCAACAUCGCCCUAUCCGUCUUUCCUACUUGACGACUCGGAUCCACGCCUCAUCUUGGAAAAGGCCAAGGAUGCCUCCGUCGCGUCAAUAGCAGGCUCUCCGGAGUGGGAGGCUGGUCGCAAGCGUCACUAUGUCAAGCGGACUGAGCUCCAGCUUGGUUAUGAAAACCCUUACACCCAGUUGAAAGAGCAUCCUCCUUGUAACAUGGACAACUACGUGUCGCAAACAUGGGCCAUGAGCCAAACAGAGCGGGUGUUAGACCUUCUUGAUAUCCACUACCUGAAAAAUGCCAUGAGUGCUCAGCGACGGAAAAAGACAACGAAUUAUGAUAUGCGAUUCAAACACCGAAAUAUCAAUGUCACCCAAAAUGUUGAUCGAGAUACAGAUUCUCGAAAAUGGGGCAUCGUGGGCUGCAUAACCCCACGAGGAGACCUCUACGACACCCUUCUAGGGCGACCCCUAGUUGGUAGUGAAACCUUUUCCUUGACAGGGUUGCCCAUUGGGGACCUCAAUGUUAACAGGGAGACGUCUUCAAUGCUUCAAGAUUUAAGUGGCAAUGCAAUGACGACAACCGUGAUCGGCGCAGCAGUGAUGAGCGCAGUUCUUGCUUUCCGGAAGCAGGAGAAGCAGAAAGUUGGGUUCUUCGAUGAGUACGUCCAAGCAGUGCGUUCGAAUGACACAAAUUCCAAGCAAAUAUCGGAGGUCAUGCAUUUGACAUGGCAACAAAAUGCUCCGGAAAAUGAAAAUUUCACCCAUAUCUCUCAACAAGCAGGUGCUCUUACCACUCCGUCGCUUGAACAUCUUGUCGACGCAGUGCACAAGUCAACUCCGUACUGCCGUUGCGAGAGCCUCGGUCAGCAUACUGCAGCAGAAUUGACGUUCUGUCCCGACUGUUUCUACACUGUCUGCACUCAUUGCUGCAGAAGACCUCAUGGUGGCAUGGAUAAUCUCGUGGUCGAUGACAGGCGCCCAAUGAGUGAAUUCGCACGUGAACUUACUCUGAUGCUGCCUGCAGUCCUUGCUCUGAAGCUGGCAUGUAGCAUAAACGACCUUCCUCAGUUUUCAUGUGGAGAGUGGACAUCCCACAACGACAAAUUUGCUGAACAAGUUCGAUAUCUCCUUUUCGCCGCACUGAACGAGACGGUUCGCUUUCAAGGGACAAGAUUCGACCGCACAUGGAGGGCCAUUUACGAUUCGAGAUUUGCAAAACUUGAACUGGAAUUUGUUCCCGGACCCCUUUGUGAUGGCACCAGCAUGAUCUCGUCUACCCUGCAACCUGUAUGGCGACUUUUUGCGAAGCCCAUGAACACGGAGCCGGUAAAGAGUAAGCUAAGAAGCCUCUUCCAACAUCAUAUCGCGGAGAUGUCAGUGGAUACCAGCCUAUUUUCAGGCACUUGGGCGUUCUGGAAUGGCAUCCACAAGCAGAAGGUCACAAUCCGAGCAUUUGGAUCCAGGGUGCCGUCAUGGAGAAAUCAUCUUGGUCUUGAAUAUGAAGCAAAUACCGACGACCGUGUCUUCACGCAGCUGGAAGUCAAACCUUCAAACAAUAAAGAGGAAUACCUGCCGACUUCGAUUUGCGGAAACUACAUGCUGCUGCCCGACUGCCCUGCUGCAGGUCAGACCCUGCACAAGAAAGUCUUGUCCAAUGAGUCCGACAUUCCAGUUUUCAUGUACCUGAAACCAGGUCCUUUACAAGAUGCUCGGUGGGACUCCGUUGUGAUUUCAGAACAGCCAGCUCAUCGAGACAUGCCAGAUGAACGCUCAACCUUAAUAAAGCUUCGUCCCGGGUGGAGUUUUCCCCAUGGACCUGACCAAGCUCUUUUGCCAUCAGAGCAAGAAGUUGAAUGUGAUGUGUUCAGCAACUGGACAGAUUUUCCCGACCUCCAUAUGGGCACUGCUGAUCAGGAAAACGAAAUCAAGAUAUCACGCCCCAGUAUUCUUCCACCACCAGAAUAUACACGGAAGAGUUGCGAUGACGCAGGAAUGACAAUUUUGAGUUUAACCAUACCCCUGGAUAUGGCGUACAAAGAUCAGUGGGCUCUUGAGAAAGCCAUCUCCGUUGAGCUCGAAGACAAGCCUGAGGCGCUGAAAGACUUUGUCGCGUUUCUGAAUCAUGCUACCAACCUCCUUGACUCUUCUGCAGAAUGGAGCAAGAUAAGUGUUGCAGGGGGUUGGAUCUGUCGCACGUGUCUUCCAAAACCUCCCGACCUUGAAUGGGUGAUCAAAGACAAGGUUCUCACAGCCAUUGAGAAUCCAAAGCAAGCAACAGAUUUCGAGCACGCGCUAGAAACACGCCCGAAAGCGGCCACGGCUAUAGUGGCAAGAAGUACGGAUACAGCUCUCCUUACCAUCAAGGUCAACCUGAAGACUUUGGCACAUCGUGCUUCAUCCCUCCUGUACAAACCUGGCAAACUGGAGCUGAUGUCGACUGCCGAAUGGCGCAUCAUCCAUUACAACCGCUUUGCCCUUCAUCCAAAUUUUGGCCCUUUCGGCCUUGGUUCAAACGAUAGUGAUGUCCCAAUCUCGUACAGAACCAUCGGAAAGCGGACCUUAUGGCACUCCCAACGGCAGAUCUUAUCUUGGAUGCGAAACAUGGAAGACAAACCUGAGACGUGGAAAGAGCUAUGUCAGAUCGAGUGUCGACUCCCUUCUCUUAGCCUGAACGUUGAAGUCAGAGCUUUUUCUGAGAAAGUUGUUCGAGGCGGCAUCAUCGCAGACAAUGUUGGAGGUGGCAAGACCACCAGCUCUCUGGCACACAUCUACCAUAACUACACACGAGCACGAGCACGACCAACUAUGGAUGCCACAGCGCAUGAUUCAUCUGGUCUUGUUGAUAGCGAUGCCACAUUGGUACUUGUUCCUAAAAAUAUCUUGGCACAGUGGGUGAAAGAGCUUAACGAAUGCAUCCCGUCGUGGACUGUGUUGACUCGGAAUAAGAAAGACAGAACGGCUAAGCCAUGCGACCAGAAACCAUUCUCACCCUACUACAUUGUGGUCACGAAGACAUCAGAACUCCUCUCCUAUUCCAUCGAAGAUUUCCAAAACGCCGCUCUAAUACUCGUCCCGUUCAACAUCUUGGAAGAAGAUCAAUACUACGAACAUAUGCAAGAUCUGGCUUGUGCGCCGCACGUGCCAACAAUUCCCGGUCGUGCUUUCAAACAAUGGUUAGAUCAAGCGAUACAGGGCUUGCGUUCUGUCUGUGAAUCCCUGCCAUCUGAAAUUCCAAAAGCAUGGGCGGAUUGGGACAAAUUACGCUCCGAGAUCCCGGCUUAUGACCGAUUUCCUGAACCUUUGAAUCGUAAAAUCAAGAAAACACAGAAUGCUGGACGUUCAAAGACUGCUGCUGCCGAUGAUAAGACCGACGAAACCUCAGACGAAGAUUUCCGAAAAGAUUUUGAGAAUAAGCUACAAGCCUUCCGAGACAAGGACAAGUUUGAGCCGCUUUUUCAUUUGUUCCACUUCUCAAGAGUCAUUGUGGAUGAAUUUACUUAUGUUUCUGGAAAGAGUCUCCUUUCUCUGCUCAAGAUUAGCGCACAGGCAAAGUGGUUGCUUUCCGGUACGCCUCCGAUCCAUGACUAUGAUAGUGUCAACACUAUGGCCAAACUCCUGGGCACCCGUGUGGCUAUCUUUAACGAGCAAGAAGGCAAGUUUGGAUUCGGAAAAGACGGCAAUAAAAUGGUCAAAGACAAAUCCGAAUCUCAAGAGUUCAGAGCUUUACAGAAUGUCGUGUCUGCCGGCUACAAGAAGAGUGUAUAUGAGCACGCAGAGGCCUUCUUGAACACAUUCGUCCGCAAAAACAAACCACCAACUAAUGGAAUCAAAGUGAAAUCUCACAAGCGCUCUUUUGCUCUUUCGCCUUCAGAGACACUGGUGUUGGACAUGGUGAACAAUGCCAUAGAUCGGAGUAUCUGUGAUUUUACACGGAAGACUCCAAGCCCCAGACAUGCGAAGGACGGCCUACAGGGUCAGAUCAGAGCAGCAGCCGAGAGUUGUGGAAGUCCCGAAGCUGCACGUCUUUGUGUCUCGUCAUACCUCCACACCAUCCUUGAUCUCCAUCAGAAUGGAGCACAGGAGUACGAGGAGGAAGCUUUGUCGAUCUUGAAACAAGAAUUUGAGACAAGUCUCCUCCAGAUGGCAAGCGAGCUUCUUGAGAAGCUGCAGAAUUUGUGGUACGGCGACAAGGAUCAUGCGGCCACCAAAGUCUUUGACACGCUCAUCGAAGAGAUGAAACGUGCAGACAUCGACGAGAUCGAUGUCGUCCCUCUGCUAAGACAACUCUCACAAUAUGCAGAGGCAAACCCCGUGGUGCCCAAGAAGAAUUGGGACAGCCUUACUCCCUCCUCAAAGGAGAAGGAGGUUGACACCCGGACGACUCGCGUCCGGGACCUCAUCCCAUCCCUCUCAGAGGGCAUGGGGCGAAUGAGGUUCCUGAACCUGGUGUCCUCUGUCGUUAAGGCAGAGGCACUCCAGGGAUGCAGUGCCUGUGGCCAUCAAGAGACGGACUAUGACCUGGUCCAAGUCUCAGUCAAGUGCGGCCACAUCGUGGCCUGUUCAGGAUGUGCCUCGGGGUCCUCGCACCCAACUGGGUGCUGCCACUUGUUCCGCCCCGACAACGUCGACCGGGCGAGCCGGUUUGUCCGGCAACUGGACGCCGGGGUCCAGGGGGUCUCAGACCUCGUGAGAGGCACGAUGGCACAAAAGGCCAUCUCUCUCAUCAAGGGGCGGAUUCCCCCGGCGGAAUCCGUCGUUGUGUUCAUGCAGUUUGCAUGGACAAAGGACCUCUUUAUCGAGGGGUGCCACCAAACCAACAUCGCCGUGUGCGAUGGCUGGAGAGGUGGCACCUCUUCGAUUGAAGAGUUCAAGCAGGCGGCGGGGGCAGGGCAGGCUGUCCUCGUCUUGAAGGUGGACUCGGAGGACUCGGCGGGCCACAACCUGCAAGUGGCCAACCACGUGGUUUUUUUGGGCCCGGUGAUGGGCAUGUCGAAAGAGGAGAGGGCCGCGACGAUGGAGCAGGCAGUUGGCCGCUGCCGCCGACAUGGCCAGCAAAAGCUGGUCCAUGUCUGGCAUUUGGCUCCUGAGUCUUUGUAGGAAGGAGGAGGGUGUGUGUGGUUGUCUGUGUGGCUGGGCG